CUUCAAUCUCUUGUAAUAAAAUUAAUAAUGAAUUAUUAACAGGGUAUAGAUAUCAGGCAUUAAAAUACUAAAAUUAUCUCACGUAAAUGAACUAUUCGCUUAAAAGUUAAAAUAAAUAGAAUACUUAAAUAACUAAUGGUAAAUAUCUGGUUGUAUUGAUAGAAUCCAAUUGCUAACAUUCGAAUUAGAGAGGCAGGUAUUCUAUUGGUGAUUUGCGACAUUUUUGGAGAAGCCCUAGAAGAAACAUAAAAUAGUAAGUAAAUAUAUAUUGAUAUAUAGAAAACUUCUCAGAUAUUCAGUUUUUGAAUAUUUAUUGAAUCGCAUAUUUAUUACAGGACAAUUGGAAAAUAUAUUUGAAGAAUAAACAAUUGUCUAGUUCAAGGAAAGCUUUUUUCAAAAUUGAAGAGCU